AUGUCAGUUUUCAAUAGAUCAGUGUUGAAAAUUGAGCGCAAUAAGAACCAAUACACAGUAUUUUAUGCAACUUCAAUAGAAAAUAUUAUUUCUGUUUCAGGAACGCUUGGCACAUUUUUCCAGUUGAUGCUCACCGUUGGUAUUCUGUAUGUGUACGUGGUUGGAACACUGUUCAGUUACAGUUCACUGCAAGUACUGUGUGGCAUAGUGCCGGUUGUGUUCAUGCUGCUAUUUGUGAAGGCGCCUGACAGCCCGACCUACCUGUUGAAGAAGGGCCGUCGCCAUGAUGCCGAGAAGGCGCUGCGUCUGCUCAGAGGUCCAUCUUAUGACAUACAUGCUGAGCUCAACAACAUUCAGUAUGAAUUGGACAAAGCUUCAAGACAAAAAGUUUCUUUUGCAAAGGCUAUAAUGAAAAAAGCCUCUUUAAAGAGCUUAUUCAUAGCUCUAGGUUUGAUGUUAUUUCAGCAAUUUUCUGGAGUGAAUGCUGUCAUAUUCUAUUCAGUAUCUAUAUUUCAAGCAGCUGGAAGCACUCUAGACCCAUCUAUUUGUACAGUGAUUGUUGGCAUCAUUCAGGUCAUUGUUACUUAUUUCUCAGCAGUUUUGGUGGACAAGGCUGGUAGAAGAAUACUCCUUCUAAUCUCCUCGUCGGUUAUGGCUCUCUGCCUAGGUUGUUUGGGAUAUUAUUUCCAUCUUCAACAAAAAGGUGAAGACGUUAGCAAUAUUGGUAUGAUACCUCUAGUAAGUGUUUGCGUUUUCAUAGUUGUCUUCUCUUUAGGGUUCGGUCCAAUCCCUUGGCUCAUGACAGGUGAGUUAUUUUCUGGUGAUAUCAAAGGCUUUGCCUCAAGUUUGGCAGUUACCCUUAAUUGGACAUCCACAUUUAUACUGACAAAAACCUUCCAAUCAUUCCUCACUACAAUUGGAGCUGAUUGGACAUUUUGGGCUCUAGCUUCAAUAUGCAGUGUAGGAACUGUAUUUGUGUUUUUAUUUGUUAUUGAAACAAAAGGCAAAAGUCUAGAAGAAAUUCAAUGUGAACUGGCAGGGAAACCUUACUUACCCAAUGAUAAUGAUAAACUAUGAAAACUAAAAGUUUAUAAUGAUGCAACAACGCAUUUUUUGUAUUAUUUAUUUAUGUAUUGAUUUUUUACAACUGUUAAUACGAGUGAUUACAAUAAUAGAACAUGAAAAACAGAGUAAAUAAUCUUUUUAGUCUACUUGAUGGUCUUUGAAUAAUUGAAAGAACACGCUUUUCAUGUGAGGUGAACGAAAUUUAAUAAUUUGUAAUUUUUAUCUAAUAAACUGUUAAAACCGUUUGUAAUAAUCAUUUACAAAGCAACUUAAUAUUUGUAUAAUAAUUCAUGAAUAGUCUUUGCCUGUUAUGGUUUCGAAUGUAAUACCUACAACCAAGAAAUUCAAAAAGUAUUCAUGUCAUUGAUAGAAUGUAAAAUAUAUCAAGGCAACAGUAAAGACUAUUCUUAUCAAUCACCAUCUGUUGUUUUCUAUAAUAAAAUAAAUAAUACGUGAUAGUCUCAAUCCUUACUUACAGUAUCAACACUUUUUCAUAAAUCUAUUAUCCUGAAACCUGAACGAAACCUUUAUGUUUUCAAUAUUUAAAAUAAAACUGAAAAAUAGAUCAUAAUAUUAAGAUAAUAUUGAAUCCAGAAAUUUCAAACAGUUCAAAAGUAGAAUAGUAAUUAGUUCAAUAAACUAAUAACUGAUUUAUUACUGUACGGUAAUACAAAUAUAUAACUAUAAUAAAAAUUAGUUACAAGUACAAAUAAUACUGUAUACAUGUAAGAAUUAAAUAGAAAAUCUGAUUUUUAAGCUAUGUAAACAUGGAUAAAUUCUACAAAAGUCCAAUUCAAUCUACAUAUGAACAUGGAAUGUCCAUAAAGAUCAAAAUGGUGGCCAGCACUAGCAUGCUGCUAACAUUUCAUAGCACCUCUUCUCGGACGUCUCCUAAUUCCCAAUUUCUUGGAAUUAAACUUUGUAUAAAUUAAUUUUUUAUAGAAACAUGAAGGCUUCAUACAUACUAUUGAAACAUGAAAAAAAUUUGUAUCGGAAAAAUAAUUACAAAUAUAACAUAGAAUAAUAUUGAGCAGCCCAUAGACCUAUAAUGUUAUUGUACAAUAUACUAUCUACUUUAUAACAUUGUCAGGCCACAGCCACACAACUGUAGUAAACAGCUGCGGCCACCACAGUGUCUAUAGUUAUAUUAUCAAUUUUUAUAGUCUAGUAGCUAAUAUAAUAGUAUAAAAGUCUGGCAAAUAAGAUUCAUUGUCUCAUUACUGUAUUUUGGGUAGUCUCCAUGCCGGUUUGUUUUCCGAAUAAAGCUUUUUAAAAAGCAUGUCACUAGUUCCAUUUAGCUUGUUUGGCCUGAUAUCACAAGUAGGCUACUGGUACUUAUUGUACAAUAAUAUUUCAGGUCUAUGGGCCUACUUUCAACAUGAAAGAAACUUUAUUAUAUUGAUAUAUGGUAUUUUAUCUUCUUCGGUUAAUAAAUUAAAUUACAAUAAUAUUAUAGAAUUUUAUUAUUAUUUUUAUAUAAAAAUGAUAUUUUUAGUAGAUAAAUAAGUAGAAGAGUACAUUUUAUUCAUUAAAAAUAAUUAUUAUUAUUCAUUAACAAUUAUUUAGAAUAUUAUAGCUAUUAACCAGUUUUUCCUUAUAUGAAUAAUAUUAUGUUGGCAUAAACUCGCGUAGUUAGAUCAUGUUUGAUAAUAACAAAUACUUUAUUGAUCAUAAAUAUUUCAAGAAUACAUGGACUAUGUCAGACAAUCAUAAGACAAUAAAAGGUUCACAAAAUUAAAAGAAAAACUAUUAGUGAAAUAUACUAAUUAAUAGGAUGUACAAUACCAUAACACUUAACUUCAGUCAAUCUCAAAAUAUUGUAACAACUUGUUCCAUUUUAAAAUGUAUGACCGUUAUGGAAUACAGUGCUCGUAAGGUAA